CAAAAAAAUCUCUCCACUCACAAACAAAGCACAAGAGUAAGAUGGAUGUUCCUUCUGUUGUGAUCCCCAUUUUGGUUGUGCUGGUCUCGAGACUCCUGACAAGCGCCCUGGUGCACCUGUUGUGGAAGCCCUACGCCAUCACCAAGCUGUUCCGUGGGCAGGGCAUCACAGGCCCCAAAUACAGGCUCUUCGUCGGGUCCCUCCCGGAGAUCAAGCGCAUGAAGGCCGCCGCUGCCGCCGACGAGGUCGCCGCCGGCGCCCACUCCCACGACUUCAUCCCCAUCGUGCUGCCCCAGCACAGCAAAUGGGCCACAGAUCACGGGAAGACGUUUCUUUACUGGCUUGGCGCUGUGCCGGCCGUCAGCCUCGGCAGGGUGGAGCAGGUGAAGCAGGUGCUGUUGGAGAGGACGGGGUCCUUCACGAAGAACUACAUGAACGCGAACCUGGAGGCGCUGCUGGGCAAGGGCCUCAUCCUGGCCAACGGCGAGGAUUGGGAGCGCCAUCGCAAGGUUGUGCACCCAGCGUUCAACCACGACAAGCUCAAGUUCAUGUCUGUGGUCAUGGCGGAAAGCGUGGAGUCGAUGGUCCAGCGCUGGCAAUCACAGAUACAGCAAGCUGGAAAUAACCAGGUUGAAUUAGACCUAAGCAGAGAGUUGUCAGAGCUUACUUCUGAUGUGAUCACCCGCUCGGCCUUCGGUAGCAGCCACGAGGAGGGCAAAGAGGUCUACCAAGCACAGAAAGAGCUCCAAGAACUGGCCUUCUCAUCAUCAUUAGAUGUGCCAGCUCUGGUUUUUCUAAGGAAAUUACCAAUCAUAAGGGGGAACACACGAGCUCAUCAGCUCGUCAAGAAAUCGAGGACCAUGCUCAUGGAGAUAAUCGAAGGACGGCUUGCCAAAGUCGAAGCUGCCGAAGCCGGCUAUGGCAGUGAUCUUCUUGGACUGAUGCUGGAGGCGCGAGCUCUGGAGAGGGAAGGGAACGGCCUGGUUCUCACCACCCAGGAGAUCAUAGACGAGUGCAAGACCUUCUUCUUCGCGGGGCAAGACACUACCUCCAACCACCUCGUCUGGACGAUGUUCCUGCUGAGCAGCAACGCUCAGUGGCAAGACAAGCUACGGGAGGAGGUGCUGACAGUGUGUGGAGAUGCAAUUCCAACGCCCGACAUGGCUAACAGGCUGAAACUGGUUAACAUGGUUCUCUUGGAAUCACUGAGGCUGUACAGCCCAGUAGUAAUCAUAAGGAGGAUUGCUGGUUCAGAUAUCGAUCUUGGCAACCUAAAAAUUCCCAAGGGAACUGUGCUUUCCAUACCGAUCGCCAAGAUACACCGGGACAGGGAUGUAUGGGGACCCGAUGCCGACGAGUUCAACCCUGCAAGGUUCAAGAAUGGCGUGUCGAGAGCCGCGAGCUACCCAAACGCGCUGCUGUCCUUCUCACAGGGUCCAAGAGGUUGCAUCGGCCAGACCUUCGCGAUGCUAGAGUCGCAGAUCGCGAUCGCCAUGAUCCUCCAGAGGUUCGAGUUUAGGCUGUCUCCAUCGUACGUUCAUGCUCCCAUGGAGGCGAUCACCUUGAGGCCCAGGUUUGGACUUCCUGUUGUCCUAAGGAAUCUCCAGGGAUGAGAUGGACCGUACGUACUAUUAUAUAUUAUACAGUGUGUCGAUCUCUACGGUUCGUGCCUUCAUUAUAUAUUUGCGCAAUUUUCCUUUAUUUAUCCUACGGAAAAGGUAAUGAGUGAAAGUGAAUACUGUUAUCCAGAAGAAGCAACACACAUUUUGGCUGGAAAAGUAAAUGAAUAAAUUCUACUCCGGCCACUUGAAUAUAUAUUACAAAGCUUCUAUGUUGGUCUAGAAA